AUGUCAGUUUCUAGCACCGCUGCUGCUGCGAUGGCCAGUUUGGCUUCUCGUAUUGCUGCUUUAGAAAAUGAAUUAGAAACGGAAACGGUAGACAAAGACACGACUGAUAAGAUAGACCUUGAUGAUUAUAUGGACUCUAACUCCCAAAAAGAAAAAAUGCAUCUUGAUGAUUACUAUUCAGAUCUUAGUUCUCCAUCAAAUGGUUCUUUAGAAAAUUUUUCUACUUCUACUUCGAUUUCUCGUCAUUCGGAUCUUACAAAAUCUGAUCAAAAUUAUUCUCAACCUUCGGGAGUACUUGAUCGUCUUAGUAGUAGUAGAUCUACUUCUCGUACUCCUUCUUAUGAUAUCAGUCAAAGUAAACAUAAUACUGUGUUGGAUGAAUCUUUGAAAGCUCAACUUGAGAAAAAGCAUGCUGAAGAACUUGAAAAGGUUAGACAAGAAUUGGAAGAUACAAGAAAUAAACAUUGGAGUGAAUUACAAAAAUCUAAAAAUGAUCUUGCUGAACAAUAUAAAGAAAAUGAACGUAUACGACAAGAAUUAUUAUUAAAACAUGAAAAUGAAAAAAAUUUAUUAAAAAAAUCUCAUGAUGCUGAAAAGGAAAAAAUAAUAGCUGAAUUGGCGACUCUUUCACAGUUAAAAAAACAAACAGAAAAUGAUCUUAAUAAAAUAAAAGAAUCAUUUGAAAAAGAAAAACAAUUAAUUCUCCAACAACAUGAGAAAGAAAAAGAAACUUUAAGAUCUGAACAUUCCGCAAGGUAUAGUAAUCUAUCAAAAUCACAUGAAGAUGUCGAAUUAAAAAUAAAUAAGUUAGUAAGUCAACAUGAAGCAGAAAAAAAAGAUUUAGAAAAUAAAUUAUUACUUGUCCAUCGGUCUGAAAAAGAUAAACUUUUAGCUGAAAUAAAACAAAAUGAAGAAACUAAAUCCAAAUUAAAUGAUCUUCAAAUUGAACAUGAUCGCACUCUCAAAGAAUUGAAAGAACUUACAAUAAAUAAAGAAGAUGCUAAAAAAACUAUCUCUAAUCUUGAGCAUCAAUUGAGUAAUAUGUCAAAUCUGGAGGUAACAUCUAAAGAGCUUCGUAAACAACUUGAUGAAGCAAAUAACGAAUUAUCUAAUAUACGUCUCAAACUUUCAAAAAAAGAUAAUAAUUCUUCAAAACAUGCCAAUGAAAUAGCAACGUUACGUAUUGAAUUCGAAAAUUCUUUUAAAAGUGCAACCGAAAAACUUCAAAUAAAGCAUGAUGAAGAAAUGUCUGAAUUGCAUAAUAGCUUGGACUCUACUCACAAGACCGCUCUUGAAAAUCAUGAAGAAAAAAUUACAGCACUUGAAUCUUUGAAAAAAGAACAUGAAGAAAAGAUUACUAAAUUUGAAUCUUUAAAAAAAGAACAUGAAGAAAAGAUUGCUGAAUUGAUUAAUAAAAAUGAAUCUCUUCUCUCGGAAAAUGCAUUAUGUAUUCGAACGAUUGAAGAUGCUACCCGUCGUUAUGAUGAGUUGAACAAUAAACAUAUACAAUUUACUCAGGAAAAUCUUGAAAUGUCAAGUGAUCUUCUUGAACUUCGCAAGAAGAUAGAAGAAUUGGAACACAAGAAUCAUUAUUUAGAAAAAGAUAAAAGUACAGUUUCUAACGAAGUAGGCAAUGUAUCUCAGGAAAAAGAACGAAUAAUAGCAGAACUAAAUGCUGCAAAGGAUGAAAAACAACAAUUACACGAAGAAGGAUUAUCAUUAAAAAGUGAAUUAGAGGAAUUAAAGGGUGAGCGGGAUAAAUUAGCUGGUGUUAUUAAUAUUAUGAAGGAAGAAUGGGAAAAGGAAUAUCAAAAACUUAAAUUGGAAAAAGAAAAGGCCGAGAAUGAAUGGGAAAAUCAAUAUCAAAAACUUAAGUCUGAACUUGAUCGUAUAAAAGGAAAUUCAAAUGAAGAGAAUGAAUUUAAUCAACUGAAACGUGAGACGAAAGAAAUUAACGAAAAACUCAAGACCGUGCUGAAUGAGAAGAACGUUUUAGCAAAAAUUUGCGAAGAGCAUGAAGACAACAUGCAGACGCUCGAAAAAAAAACUGCUAACGAACGUGAAACUUGGAAACAGAAAGAGAUGGUACUACUUAAAAAAGAAACUGAAAUAAAGGAUUUACGUCAAAGAUUACUGAAACUUAGUAAAGUAGAAGACGAAAAGAAGCGUAUUGAAGCUGAACUGAACAAAAAAUUAGAUGAAAAUUCAAGGUUAUUAGAUCAAUUAUUUAAUGUGGGAAGCUCACGUUCUAAUGGGGGAGAAAAUGGCACCAGCUAUGAAGCUCUCCAAAUGAGAUUAGAUGAUGUCGAAAUUGAAUCAAGUAUGAAAGACUCUCAAAUAUGCGAACUAGAAAUCACAAAACAGAAGCUGCAAACACGCAUUGAAGGUCUUGAAGCAUCAACUGCUCGUUUAACUGCCAAGUUACAAGAAGCUAGUGCGGAUUCCAAUCGAAUAAGAAAUCAAUUAACUAAUUCGCACAUUGAAAUUGAAGAACUUCACACCCAUAUUACUAAACUUAAAGAGCAACUUAUUGGGAAAACACAUUCGGCCGGUACGCCCCAACAAAACAUAAACAAUGAUGAUGCACGUAAGUUGGCCGAUGCUGAACAAACAAUCAAAUCAUUAAAAGAAGAACUUGAACAAUAUAAAAUUUCACAAGUUGACCUUGAACAGAAACUUUUAUCACUCAACAAAAAAUUACAAGCAGCUGAUGAUGAACUACAUGCAAAUGUACGAACAUUUGAGCAAUUAAUUGCACAAGCAGAAAAAACCUUUCGAGGUAAGAUUGAAAAAAUGCAAAGAGAACACACUCAAGAUAAAGAAAAAAUGCAGAGAGAACAUCAGAGUACUAUUGGCAUGUUUAAUAAACAAAAAGAGGAAGAAAUUGCCCAAAUUAGCAAAACAAUGCAGAUGCGUGUGGAAGCUCUUGAAAAACGUCAUAGGGAUAUUUCAGCCGCUGAAUUUAGUGAGAACAAUGGUUCUAAUUCGAAGAGAGUUUUAAUAUUGGAACAAGAAAAAUCCCAAUUGGAAAAUUCAUUAAAAUUAUCUCAAUCAGAGUGUGCACGGUUAAAUGACACACUUAAACAAUUACAAAUGGGAUAUUUGGAUGCAGUUAAUGAUAAAGAUUUGCUGACAAAUGCAAAGCGUGAAGUUGAAAAGAAGAUUAAGGCCAUGGAGGCUGAGCUACAAGAGGUCAAAAAUGAAUCAAAUAAGAAAGAGACUCAGUUACGCGAGAGAGAAACUCAGAUACGAGAACUUUCCGCAAAAAAUAUGGAAUUAGUUGUUAAAAUGAGUACGAAAUGA